UAAAGUAAAUAAACUAAAUAAUGUUACUUCACUACCUGAUAAAUAGAUUAAACUAUUUUUAUAAUAAUAUUUACCAAAACAAGGUCGAGAUUUUAUUCACUUUAUUAUAUCGAAGUUUGAAAUUUCCCGCCUAGUACACUUCCGGUUGCGCACGCACACUCAAGAUUCUCUAUUUCGGAAAUUAUUCCAUUUACAAUUACAGACAUACUUUGUCAGGUUUAUUAACAACUUUAAUGUUUACUCUUAUAACUGAAAACAAGAAAUUAAAUUUCGUUUUUUGAUUUUAAUCCUACUUUCAACAUAUUUUAAACGAAAACGAUUGUCUUGAACAUGCGCAUCGUCGUUAACUUUUGAAAAUUUUUCAACUUCCGUCUUCAGUUGCAUUCUGCUGUGCCGGUUAGCAACAAUAAUACGUGAUCGUUUGUCUUUUUUCGUGUGAAAUAAUGUGAACUAAAACUAAAUUUGUACAAAAAGAGGUAAUUUAUAUACCAGUGAUUAAUAUGUGAUAAUAAUUUUUCUAAAUCAAUGUGGAUUAUCAAAGAUUUCUGAAAUUGUAUUAGUCAAGUGCACAGAGUCAAUGCGACAACAAUGUCGAACCGUCUUGCCCAUCUCGGCUGCUUUCUUAAAAGUUAAAACACCAUUUUCUUUGUGAUUUAAUCAAAUUUAGUGAUAAAAGUCUCUGGGGCAUUCAUUAAGAUGAUUUGAAAUUAGUUUUUACCCAAAAAAGUGUAAUAGUUCGCGAGUGAUGUGCUUCUAAAUUUGUUAGACUUAGUUCCAUAGAAUUUCGCGCUUAGUUUUUUUUCUACUUUUUCCAACUUUAACUCGUAAUAAUUACAUUCAUAUUUGUGAUAAAACAGUUUUGUGAGCUUUCAAAUGAAAUAAUAUUCAGUGACAAAUGUUUUCCUUCAUCAGGAAUUAUAAAAAAGUGAAGUGAAAAAGUGUGAAGAAAAAUCGCCCACCUGACGACAUAACCUCAAAUUUCGAGUCGGAGAUUCGGAGAAACGGCGGGCGAAAUUUUAAAAGCGGUUCGAAUUCGGAGCUUUUUAAUUUCGUUGAAAAGGCGGAAAAACGCAUUUUUGCCUUAUCUCAAAAACAAUGACAAAUAAAUUAUUUAUAUUUGCAUUGUUAUCGAUAGCGUUUUUGAUGGAAGUGAAAACGAAUUUAGUGGGAUUAGAGUACGCACAAUUAAUUUCAUAUGUUCAUAAUAUUUAUGACACAUCGUCUGUGCUUAUUAUUCAUAAUGACAAAACCGACAAUAUUGCAGCUCUUGGAUCGAUUUUUGACAUAGUGCAACAACUGUCAAUUGAGGGAAUUCCAUCGCUAACGGCAAAAAUAACACAAUUAUUGGCGGUAAAAAAUUAUUAUGGACAAAGUGGAAGACGUGAAUUAUUCGUAAUUUUCAUAAGACAAUAUGAAACAAUGAAGGAAUUCGAGAGAAUAAUGAAUGAGAGUUUUACAAUUAUUGGUCCCGUUUGGUUAAUUAUUUUUCGUCCUCUGAAUAAUAAACAACUAUUAAUUGACUAUUGCCAAAGUCCUCGAGGAAAUCCAUUUAAUGUCGCAUUUAAUACAGAAAUGUUAAUAAAAUGUUACGACGAUCCAAUUAUUAAAGAAUGGUACUCAAUAUACAAAAAUGAAACGGUAAUGUUCAAUUUAGCCUUUUGGCAGCCAAACGAAGCAUUUCAACUUUUCACCGAAAAAUCACUUUAUCAGAGGAGAAAUAAUAUUGGAGGGAUAACAUUGCGAGUGAUUACAAUAGAGGGAUCGCCAAUGGUUGAAAAUCAAUUUGGAAAAUUGGGAGGAUUUUUUGGCAAGAUAAUGGAAGAAUUAUCGCAGUCGAUGAAUUUUAAAAUAGAAAUAAUUAGAAAUGAGACAUUAUAUGGAAAUUGGGACGAAAGAAAAAAAGAAUGGAGUGGAGUUAUUAAGCAUCUUUAUGAGAAAAAUGUCGAUUUCGCAGUUUCUGAUAUGGUAAUGUCAACACGAAGAUUAAAAGCUGUCGACUUUACUAUUCCGCUAAUUACAUCACGAGCGAUUCUUUGUUUUAAGGAACCGAACAUAACGAGUAUACAACAAUUGGAAUAUUUUAAGACAUUUCAUAAUCAUGUUUGGAGUAUUAUAAUGCUAACGACAAUUGUAACAACAUUAAUUUUAACGACAGUCAAAGCAAAAAUGAGAAGAAUUAAAAGUUUACGAAUUUUAUUCUGUGAAAAUUAUCUAAAUGUUUGGCGAAUUUUCUGUCAACAAGGAUUACUAGAAGUUCCGAAAAUUAUGCCCUUGCGAUUGACUUAUUUUUCAAUUUUCAUCACGGCAUUAAUUAUUUCGUCAGUCUAUUCUGCGACAUUAAUUAGUUACUUAACAGUGCCUUCAACUGUUCUUCCAUUUACAACCCUGGAAGGUUUUGUAAAAGAUGGUAGCUACAAAUUAGUGGUUUUAAAAGAAAGUGUUCAUUAUGCUAUGUUUCAAGAAACGAAAGAUCAAUUGCUAAAAAAUAUGGGAAAAUUAAUUAAAUCUGAGCAUGAAUUGCCUGAGACUGAAACGGAAGCUUUAGCGCAAGUUUGUAGCAGCAAAACUGCGCUCUACUCCACUGAAGAAACAAUAAUUUUACAAAAACUUCCACCAAAUUGCAAACUAAUCACGAUUCAAACUGGUGACAUUAAUUGUUUAGCAAUGCCGAUAAGCAAAAAGAGUCAAUACACAGGGAUUAUGAAUUUUCACCUUGGCAGAUUUUUGGAUAAUGGAAUGUUACAACACUUCAAAUACAAGAAGAAGCAAAUCAAUAGCAUAAAUUUACAACAAAAAUAUAAUGUUGUUACGUUCUCGAGUAUUGAGACAAUUUUAAAAAUUGUCUUCAUUGGAAUUGUUUCAAGUGCUUUUAUCUUUAUUAUCGAAUUAACACAUUUUCAUGUAACGAAAAAUAAAUUAUGUUGAUUUUCCAUGUA